AUGGAAGUCCCAGAGCAACAAAAGAGUGACAUGUCACUGGAUGACAUCAACGCGACUACGACGACGUCGCAGGUCGAAGUGGAGACGGAAGCAGCACAUCGAGAGACCCUUCGAACCCUUCGUUUGGCCUUUGUAGGCAAUGUCGAUAGUGGCAAGUCGAGUCUUAUUGGAACACUGAUUAAAGGGGAUUUAGAUGACGGACGUGGGUCGUCCCGUCAAGCGAUUUUCCGUCACAAACAUGAGGUUGAAUCGGGUCGGACGAGUAGCGUAGCAACUGCAUAUAUGGGGUUUGAUGACUGUGGGGAACAGAUUUUAUCCAAGAGAGCAGGGAAGCUCAUUCCAUGGGCCGAAUUGGCAAAGAUGGCACAUAAAAGGAUACAAUUGAUUGAUUUGGCUGGACAUGAAAAGUAUCUCAAGACAACAGUGUUUGGUUUAACAGGGAUGCAGCCAGAUGUGGUUGUAGUUGUAAUUGGGGCGAACAUGGGCGUCAAACGAAUGACAAAGGAGCAUCUAGCUAUUGCCGUUGCGCUUGAAAUUCCUAUUGUUGUAGCACUUACGAAGAUUGAUAUUUCCCCGAAGAAUGUCGCCAAGGAAACGCUGACAACAGUCCGUCAGAUUUUACGACGCUACGGGAAAAUGGUCAUGCUAGUGAAGACGACGGAGCAGGCGAUAACAGCGGCCAAGGGUAUACCAUCGAACCGUGUUACGCCUAUUCUGCCGAUUUCUAAUGUCACGGGAGACGGAUUGGAGAAUCUGCGCCGGAUACUAUACGAGACGUCACCGUCAGCGUUAUUCAAAGCGGGUCUGUCGGCUUCGACCUUAGCAACAACCAAGUCAAUGAACCAAGAGGAAAGCAUCGAAAUGCCAGUUGAUGCCGGUGAGCCGAAGAAGGCAGUCGCUGUGAACGAUGUGAUUGAAAUGCCGAUCGAUGAGACGUACCAAGUUCCUGGUGUUGGAUUCAUCCUCGCGGGGACAUUAGUGACAGGAAGUUUCAAGGUUAAUGAUGUCUUGCAGAUUGGACCCGACUUUAGCGGUAACUUUCACAAGGUUACGGUGCGCAGCAUGGAGUCAAUGUACAUGCCUCUCAAGGAACUUGUGCCGGGACAAACUGCAGCGCUUGCUGUCCGAUCGAUCAACAAAAAGUUUUUGCUGAGUCGGUCAACUUUCCGCAAGGGUAUGAUUUUGUUGAGUCCUGAAAUCAAGGUGAGUGACUACGUGUCGCGAGUGUUUGAGGCUCGGGUGGUGAUUCUGCACCACCAAACCACUGUCACCAUUGGCUACCAACCAAUGAUCAAUUGCCGGACGGUUCGGCAAACCGCAGAGAUCAUCUCGAUCAAAUCGGACCAGGACGUUAUUCGGACAGGAGACCGAGCACUUGUGUGCUUUCGCUUCAUUCAUGCACCAGAGUUUCUGAAAAAGGGUAUGCGUUUUGUGUUCCGUGAUGGUCAAGCAAAGGGAAUUGGCAAGGUUGUCCGGAUAGUUCCUGCCGAAGAAUGCGAGGCACUUUGA